AUGGCAGACCUCCUGGUGACUGGACCCCUCACGCAGCGCGAUCUACAGCGCACGCGCAGAGACAACGCGCAUCUGCGUACAGUCCUUGAGCAACUGAACAUGUCGUUCGUCAGUGUACCUUCUUUUGGAAUUCGAAACAGAUGCGGGAAGCCACGGACUUCAGAUGAUGAAGAAGAGGACGAAGCCGAUGACGUUGACAGCAAUUUCGACCGCGCGCUUGCCCAGCGACAGGCGCGUUUGGACUUGGCGGCUGACUCCAUGGCGAGUCAAGCGACUGGGAUCGAGCUCAAGAGCACAAACGACCGCGUUGCGCAGCUCGAGCGACAGCUUUUGGACGCGGAAGAGAUCAUUUGCCACCUCAAAGCUGAGAAGCUCGCAGUGGUGCGUCUCAUGGAGCGACUUAGCGUGGCAGAUGCUGAUGGAGAUGAACAAGGGGGUUGUGUAGACGGUGAUGCUAAACGGCAGCGUGAAGUGGUGCUGGAACUAGAGACGAGAUUGGCAGAGCUGAAAGAGGAGUAUACCCGUGAGAAGGAGCAACGUAUGGUGGUAAUCAGGGACCAGGAGAUUGAGCUCAAGACACUGCGGGAGCAGUUGGAGCUCGUGUCGAAACAGUACGAGGAGCUACAGCAGAGACAUAUGGACUUACUGGAGCUGGAUGAACAGGUGACGAUGAUGCAGCAACGCGUGACAUCGGAUGACGUGCAUCAAUUAAAUAUUUUUGGAGAAGAGAGUAAUGAAGACAGCAAAGCAAAGGUGACCGAGUUGCACAAGGCUGACAUUCUUGGACGGGCACGAGCUCUAGCUGACGCUGAUGCUGCGAACUCCAAGUGGCGUGAAGAGCUGGUGCGCCACCCGACGCCACACUUUGAAAUGCACUCGCCUGAGGUCGCCUACAUUCUCCAAGCUUGGACGAACAACAUUAAGAAGAUACGGUACUUGCGUCGCUGGCUCAUCCAGGUGGCGAUCACGAAAGGUCCGCUGCCGAAAGACUUUCCAAUGGCUGUAGAGCUACCACGGCUUCCACUCGAGGUACGCGACGGGUUUCUUACACUUGUACUCCCGCUGCUUCGCAAGCAGACCGAACGGGAGAUCGUCGCUCAUUCACGUCGGUACAACGACGGCAUUCAUACAGACCUCCGUUUCCGUGUAAUGCCACGUUAA